AUGGCGGCGGGAGAGGUCGGUGUGAGAGGUAGGAGAAGAGAACGAGAUGCGGCGGAAGAAAACGAAGCGACGAGGACGCCGACUGUGAAACGAAGGAAGCUGGAGGAGGAAGUAGAUAUUGCAGAGUCUAGGAUAAUCUACUCUCCUUGCGUACAGGCAACGAAUCGUGGUGGGAUCGUGGCGAGAAAUUCAGCUGGUGCGUCGGAGACCAGCGUCGUUAUCGUUCGACGGCGAGAUUCUCCCGUAGAAGAACGGUGUCAGAUUCGUAGCUCGGAGUGUGAUUUCGAUCGCGCGUCGGUCUCUUGCUGCUCAAGUAUUAGAUCCGAAGAGAAAUCGAAAAGGAGGAUCGAUUUUGUUGAUUUCGAGGAAGAUAACGGCGCUGAUCAAACCGAAACGUCGUGGAUUUAUGAUAACUUCAACACGACGAGGUAUAACUUCGAUUUCGAGAAAGAUGAGCCACUUGGUGGACGAUACGAGUGGGUAAAAUUGAAUCCUUAA